UUUCGUUCUUGCUCAAGUCAACAUCUGCUUGAAGAAGACUUAUUUAUUGGGUCGAAGAGCGGUGGAUAUAGCCGCAGUACUGGACAUUUCAUUCAAUGCGAUGCAUGUAAUGACUACUAAAAAUACUAUCUGUAACACAGAUAAAAGCUUCUUAUUUUGUUGCCUGAUCUUAAAUGUGUUUGUGUCUCUUCAUCCCUUUUGGUUUCUUCGUUCCUCAAGGAGUCGGCUGGGGAUGGGUUGAGCUCAAAGUGCGUGGAACCAGGAGCAGCGACAGCGAGCUUUUCUGAUCAUCUUAAAAUGAGCUGUGGGAGCAUGUCCUCACAUCAAACGCCUGUCCUUCGUCUGCUCCAAGGAGCCAUGCAAGCAGGGGAAGAUAUGGUGGAAGAGGAAGUCCAGCUCCAUCUUCAACAGUAUCAGCACCGACGUUUCUUCACCUCCUACCCACAAGAAACCAACUUCCAGCUGCUCCGCCGGAUGCAGAGCCAAUGCCACUUCAGGCAACUGCGGAUGGCCGAGAUGGACCGGUCCUGUGCCGUGGAGCAGCUGGAGAGCUGCGUCACCCACGUAUCCGAGUACGAGACGAGAGGUAUAGUCCAUCGCGAGGAUCCGGCGACUGCGGCCGCGACUGGUCCCAUGAGAUCCCCGGCAGUGGCUGGCUCCAACGAACGAAGGAAGAGGAAACGCCAGCGGCCGGCGUCGGCUUCGAAGAGCGCGGAGGAGGCGGAAAGCCAAAGGAUGACCCACAUAGCAGUGGAGCGCAACCGCCGCCAUCUCAUGAACGUCCACCUCGCCACCCUCCGCUCCCUGAUGCCCCCUUCCUUCGUCCAACGCGGCGACCAGGCGUCCAUCAUAGGUGGUGCCAUCGAGUUCGUAAAGGAGCUCGAGCAGCAUCUCCUCUCCCUCCGAGCCCAGAAGCGAUUCCGGGAAUCGGCUUUCGCUCGAUCGAGCUCCGACGAUGACGACCCCUGCCGUGCGCCCCUGCCCCUGCUGCACGACGAUUUCCUCAUCUCGCCACAGUACACGGGCUACUCGCAGUCCCAGCGGCGACGGCGCGGCGGCAACGGAGAAGAAGCGCAUCAGGAGGAUCGGACAGGGGUGGACGUGGAAGCGACGUUAGUGCAAGGGCACGUGAACCUUAAGGUGGCCGGAUGGCGGCAGCGGGGGCAGCUAGUGCGGGCCAUUGCGGCCAUGGAGGAGCUACGUCUCUCCAUCCUACACCUCAACAUCACCUCCCUCGGACCCUCCUCCAUCCUCUACUCCCUCAACCUCAAGAUGGAGGAAGAGUGCAAGCUGGGGACAGCGGAUGAGAUUGCGACGGCGGUGCACCAAAUCUUCAGCUAUAACAGCAACUGCUGAUGACAUUAUGCUGUAAUUUUGUUUCUGGACGUAUGGAAGAGACAGGAGGAAGGGUAGGGUAGGAUGAGUUGGGGGUGGGGAGUGGACCACUGCCAUUGCUGAACUGUGAUGAAGAGCAGCAGCAGCUGUGGCAGCUUUCAUUUCUGCUGAU